UUUCACAGUAGUAGGAGAAGCACCCAUACUGCACUGUAGUUGGUGCUACAGACAGGAUAUGCACACGCUGAUCAGGGGCCAGAAGUAAUUGCAGGAGAGAAAAUGAAUUACAUCUUUGUAUAUGGAACUCUUAAGAAGGGGCAACCAAACUAUCACCAGAUGACUGAUCCAAACAAUGGAAAAGCAGUAUUUAAAGGCACAGGAAGAACAGUUGACAAGUAUCCACUGGUGAUAGCUCAAAAUGGCAAUAUACCAUUUCUCAUGAAUGUUCCAGGAACCGGCCACCGUAUUGCUGGAGAGAUAUAUUCGGUUGAUGACCAGAUGCUACAAUUCCUGGAUGAAUUUGAAGACUGUCCAGACAUGUACCAACGCACUAUUAAGAGGAUUGAAAUAUUGAAGUGGGGAGGUAAAGAUGAUUCACCUGAGGGGAGAGCAGCUGCUAACACCAUAGAGUGUUUUGUCUACAGCACUACAAGCUACCAGCCGGAGUGGCUCAGUCUACCUUACCUCGACUGCUAUGAUUCCUAUGGGACACAUGGCCUUCCUUAUAUUAAUCAUCAGUAGAGAUAAUAGGUUUGAUCACGUAACUACAGUAGUCACUGUUUAAAUUUGAUUGUACUACCUCUUGAUGGAAAUCUAAAUUAUUUCACUUUAAAUGAUAAAAUGUAUUUUUACAAUUACACUUCUUUUCAAUAAAUUACCGUAUAUA